UGCACUAUUUACAUAGGUUAUUUAAAUCACUAAAUUACUGACAGGUAUUACCUGUAAUGCGCACUGCACCGGAAGACACAACUUUCGUUUUGAAAAUCUUUACCCUCUUUACAGAACUAGUAGAAUACAUCUCCAUGGCCAUAUCGUCGGAUCACUAUUCCUUAGUCUGUGCUAUUGACUUUGGGACUACCUUCUCUGGUAUUGCUUACUCAUUAAAACGCGAAUAUCGGGACGAUCCAACGAAAAUCACCGUCCAUGACUGGAGUGCCCCGUCAUCUGUACAGAUUUCUUACAAGACCCCAACAACCAUUCUUCUGGACAGCAAGAGAAAAUUUGUGGCAUUUGGAUAUGAAGCCGAGUCUAAAUAUGCCGAGUUCGCAGAAGACGAAGAACAUGAUGAUUAUUUCUACUGUCGACGAUUCAAAAUGUUGUUGUACGAUACGCUAAGAAAAGGAGUAGAGAGACUAACAAUGAACACAAAGAUCAAAGACAUAACAGAAAAAAAAGAAAUGUUGGCCAUCGACAUAUUCAGUCUCUCGAUCAAGUACUUCCGAGAUCUGAUGGUAUACACGGUGGAUAAGAAAGGUAUAGGAGUGAAAACCACGGACAUCAGGUGGGUGCUGACCGUUCCUGCCAUGUGGUCAGAUCCAGCCAAGCAGUUCAUGACUGAAGCAGCACAGAAGGCUGGAAUUUCGAGAGACAAGCUCAUGUUGGCUUUGGAGCCCGAAGCAGCUUCCAUAUACUGUAGCCGACUACCACUAGCCAAACUGGAAGGGGCAGGUGGUCUGGGUGUUUUUGAAGCAGGCAAAAAAUACUUGGUCCUUGAUGCAGGAGGUGGGACUGUAGAUAUCACUGUACACGAAGUCACAAAAGACAACAAUUUGAAGGAGCUGGAGAAGGCAAGCGGCGGGGACUGGGGAGGAACCUCUGUGGACAACGACUACAAAAAGAAACUGAUGGAGGUUGUUGGUGACGAUUUCAUGGAAGACUUUCGUUUAAAGUAUACCGGGGAAUAUAUUGAACUUUUCCGAGACUUUGAAAUGAAAAAGAGGACGCCAUUAUCUGAAAAUCAAACGAUGGUCACAAUGAGAAUGCCAGGAAUGCUCUCUGGAUUCUAUGAGGAUCGGAAAGAUCGGAAAUUAAGGGAAGCAAUUAAGAAUUCUAUAUAUAACAAAAGCAUGAGGUGGGAGGGAGACAAACUGCGAAUCACACCAGCGUUCUUUAAAAAUUUCUUUUCUUUAGCAUGCGUUGGCAUUGUUGACCACGUUAGGGAUCUGUUGUUAGAAAAACUAAAAUAUCAUAAAAUAGAUACAAUAUUAAUGGUUGGUGGAUUUUCCGAGUCCCCGAUUCUACAAAAGCGUAUCCGGGAAGAAUUCCCCGACCACAGAAUUGUAGUGCCCAAUGAAGCUGGACUGGCCGUUCUAAAGGGUGCAGUAUUGUUCGGACACAACCCUAAUAUAAUUUCAGAGAGGGUGGCAAAAUAUUCAUAUGGUAUUGCGUCAUUUGAAAAAUUUGAUCACACAAUUCAUAAAAAAGAAAAGAAAGACAACAAAUAUUGCAAGGAUGUAUUUGAUGUUCACGUAAGAAAAGGUUCCAGAUUAGUGUUUAACGACGAAAUAAAGUCUAAAAAAGAGUAUGAACCUAAUCGUGACGACCAAAUGGUAAUGGACUUUGACGUAUAUUUGUCAGAAGAAGAAGAUUUCCCCAAAUACGUGACGGAUCCAGGGUGUCAGUACCUGGGAACAUUGAGUGUUGACCUUCCUAAACCCGUGAAAGGAAAGAAAAGAGGUGUCUUUAUCUGCAUGAUUUUUGGAGGCACAGAACUUUGCGUUAAAGCAGUUAAUAGAAGUAACAAUGCAGAGACAUCAGCUACAUUUAAUUUCCUCGGAAAUCAACCAUAGUAAACAAAAUGAUUCUAAUAUCCUUGUUUGACUACCACAGUCUUUAUACCGGUAUUGAUAUCAAUAAGUGUGAUAUUUGAACUUUCUACAAAAAAGAUACUGUUUUCCCAACCAAGGUUUCUUAAUUCCAACCUACUAACCUAAUUUUAAAAGGAAGUCGGGAGAGGACACAAACAUUUUAAAAAAUGUUUAAAGAUAUGUCACCUCUUAUCUAAAAAAUCGCAUCAUAUAUUACAUCUAGUUUUCAUUAAUCAUUUACCUAUAUCAUUGAUAAAAAAAAAUAAUAAACAGAGAGAGAGAGAGAGAGAGAGAGAGAAAGAGAGACAGACAGAGACAGAGAGUGACUCUUUGCUUAUAUCUAUUAUGAUUUAAAUAAAAUGUGCAAAUAUCAUUUUUGUAAUA